AUGAACACCGCCACCAACGGCCCUGGUGUCGUCCAUCGUACGGCAAAAGACGAGGAUGCAGACGCAAAAGAAGCAUUGAAGAACUUUGACAAUGAAAGAUGGAUGUCAUGGCCGAAUGAGGGGGCUUUCGAUGCUCUUGAGGAACAUUAUGACUCGGUUCAUCUCAAGGUCAAAGGCGCCAUACCCGUCUGGGCUGCCGGAUCCUUAUUCAGAACCGGACCUGGACAAUCGGCGGUGAAAAACACGUCAAAAGGCACGCACUAUGUCUCACAUUGGUUUGAUGGGCUCGCUCACACCCACCGAUUCGACAUUAUACCACCCCAUGAUGGGCAGAAGGGAAUGUCAGUUCUGUAUUCUUCUCGCAGACAAUCUGAAAAGUACGUUUCCAUGAUCAGGAAACAUGGCUGGCAAACGAGUGUGUCCUUUGGCCAGAGGAGUGACCCCUGUGUCGGAAUUUUCGCCAAGUUUAUGAGCACUUUUCUUCCCCAGCGAUUUAACAACAACGUGGCUGUGGUAGCGAACAUGCCCGGACUCGACAGCAACAAAGCGCAGAACACUGGUCAUCGAACUGCACCAGAAAACAUGUAUAUUGCCACGGAUAACUCCAUCCUCGAGAAGAUUGACCCGACCACACUGGAGCCCUUGGGAUAUGCGAAACAAGUGCAAUUGCACCCGCAGCUGAAAGGCCCGCUCUCGUGCGCCCAUGCUCAAAGGGAUCCCGUCACCGGAGACUUGUUCAACUUCAACGUCGAGUUGGGCAUAAGGGCAACAUAUCGUGUCUUUCGAGUCAAUGCCCAGUCCGGCACGACUGACAUUCUAGCCACAAUCUCAGAAAAGGAGGUACCGGCCGCCUACAUCCACAGCUUCUUCUUGACGGAGAAUUACGUUGUGCUCUGUAUCCCGACGUCGCAUUUCGCUUGGAGUGGCCUCAGAAUUCUUUGGGAGCGCAAUGUACUCGACGCUAUCCAACCAUUUGAUGAGGCAGCGAAAUGCAAGUGGCUCGUUGUCGACAGGCGCCAUGGCAGAGGCAUUGUCGCUAGGUUCUCUACCCCAGCUUCCUUCUUUUUCCAUUCAGUCAAUUCGUUCGAGGACCAGGCGAAAGGCGACGACGGAGAGGAAAUUACGAACAUCUUUCUCGACAUGGUUGAGUACGUAAACACAGAUAUUAUGUACAUGCUGUAUUAUGACGUCCUCAUGAACCGAAACCAAGACGCGAUCAAGGAAUUGGAAAAACUUGGGAAGCACAAGACGUCGCAGCCAAAACUCGUUAGGUACAAGUUUGCAUUGCCGAGCCUCUCACGAACGCACGCAGACGAUUUUUCCCUUGCCGCCGAACGAGUUUUCACCAUCCCCAGCCCGCACGCUGGGGAGCUCCCCGUUAUCAAUCCCACCCGAUCCGGAAAGAGAUAUAGAUAUGUUUACGGCACCUGCAAUCGUGGUUUAGGGUUCUGGAUGGAUGCUAUUGUCAAGACAGAUGUCGAGACGCGGGAUGCUCUGAUUUGGAGUGGACCGAUUGGGCAUACACCGGGUGAACCCAUUUUUGUACCACGAGCAGGUGGUACUGACGAAGAUGACGGUGUUAUCCUUACCGUUGUCCUGGACGGUAGUGCGCAGACAUCGUAUCUGCUGUGUUUGGACGGCAAAACGCUACAGGAGGUAGGCAGAGCUGAGACCGAUUUUCCAAUCCCGAUUGGCCUGCAUGGCAUGCAUGCGCCUUUUGGCGAACAAUCCACGCUGUGA